AUGAUAGCUGACGAGGAUACCUGCGCAAUCUGUGACGACCCGGUGUCUACAACAUCAAACCAAAUCAUCUACUGUGAUGGCAAAGAUUGCAACAUGCCUGUUCAUCAACGCUGUUACGGAGUGGCGGAAAUUCCAGAAGGCGACUGGUUGUGCCAACGAUGUCGUGCUGCCAAAUUCAGAAAAAGAGUGGUGGUGAUUUGCUGCCCUAUGCAAACGGGUCCCCUGAAACGAUUAAGCAGAGAAUCCAACGAGUAUAUCCAUGUUACUUGCGCGAUGCUCAACAAAGACGUGCACCACCAAAAUGGACCGUAUACCCUGAGGAGAAGCGCGCUCAACCAAAAUACAUGCUGCUUCUGUAAUAGAAAACAAGGUCUAUGUAUUGGAUGUGGGAAUCAAGAGUGCUCAAGGUAUUUCCAUGUAACAUGUGGUGUCAAUGCUGGUGCAAUUACGUUGCGACCUUCAAUGCCUGCCAAUCAACCGCAAUUUUGUCUUCAGCACUUGCCAAAUGACCCUGCCAACGGGAUAAAGAAAACGCUGCCACCAUCAACACCUACUCUACCACCACCACCACCACCACCCAUGGCCAAAACAGUACCUAUGAAACGACCAUUGCACGAGAAACAAGAACCUGUUUUCUCCUUUCUUGGUGAUAGCGAGGAUUCGGAUGAUGCAAUGGGUAUGGCAUUGGGACUCAAAGGUGCAAAGAAACAACAUGUAUCCAAGAACGACAAUGAACGAGAGCGCUCUCGACCACUCAACAAUCCCAAUCGACCUUCCUUGCCAUCUUCAAAACCAUCAGCUCCAUCACCACAAACAACUACAGCAUUGAAAAAGAAGACCUCUUCCUCCUCCGCAAUUCAUCCAUCCGUAACAACAACAUCCACCACCCCAUCGAGUACUUCAGCAUUCGCCAACACAACAGCAACAACGCCUACUCCAUCUCAUCAAUCAUCAUCAUCAUCAGAAGAAAAAGUAUUAUUAGCAGAGAAAAAGUUGGAGGAAGCAAAGAAGGAAAUCAAACGGUUGAAUGAAGAGCUGGAACGACAUGAACAGCUACGGCAAAAGGUCGCCAAGAUAUUCAUGUCACUCAACAUUUCAACCACCAAUGGCACAUUUCCGACAAAUGAGAAUACCGAGCAAUACAUCAACAUCAUGCAUGAAACGCUAGAACGCAUUGGACGACCCACCAAUCAAGAAUGGUCUGAAAUUGCAAAGUUUUCAAAGGCAUUGGCAUUUCGUGGGCCUAGGCAUCAUUGA